CGGGGCAGCGUUGUGUGACCGAGGAAGGGUCUACCGGGUUCAUUUCGCCGCUUCUCCACCCGGCUGCUCUCUUUUUUGGCUCUCACUGCAAUGGCGGAACAGCAGCAGUUCUACCUCUUGCUGGGCAACCUGAUGAGCCCUGACAACACCGUCAGGAAGCAAGCGGAGGAGACCUAUGACACCAUCCCAGGCCAGAACAAGAUCACAUUCUUGCUGCAGGCCGUCAGAGAUGCAUCAGCUGCAGAGGAGGUCAAACAGAUGGCGGCGGUGCUGCUGCGGCGGCUGCUGUCGUCGUCCUUCGAGGAGAUCUACCCGGGCCUGACCAUGGAGAUGCAGACGGCCAUCAAGACAGAGCUGCUGACCUGCAUCCAGCAGGAGGCCUCGCCGAACAUCCGCAAGAAAGUCUGCGACAUCGCGGCCGAGCUCACCCGCAACCUCAUCGAUGACGAUGGUAACAACCAGUGGCCGGAGGUGCUCAAGUUUCUCUUUGACUCGGUGAACUCCGACAGCGUCAACCUGCGAGAGGCCGCCCUGCACAUUUUCUGGAACUUUCCCGGAAUCUUUGGCAACCAGCAGCAGCACUACAUGGAAGUCAUCAAGCGCAUGCUGGUGCAGUGCAUGCAGGACCAGGCGAACCCACAGAUUCGUACCUUGGCAGCUCGGGCUGCGGCGUCCUUCGUCCUGGCCAAUGAGAGCAACACCGCUCUGCUGAAGCACUUCGCCGACCUGCUGCCAGGUAUCCUGCAGGCGGUGAACGAGUCCUGCUACCAGGGAGACGACUCCGUGCUCAAGUCUUUAGUGGAGAUCGCAGACACUGCGCCCAAAUACUUGAGACCCAACCUGGAGGCCACGCUGCAGCUCUGUCUGAAGUUGUGCGCCGACACCAACCUGACAAACAUGCAGAGGCAGCUGGCUCUGGAAGUCAUCGUCACCUUGUCGGAGACGGCAGCAGCCAUGUUGAGGAAACACACGGCGAUAGUCGCUCAGAGCGUGCCCCAGAUGCUGGCUAUGAUGGUGGACCUGGAGGACGACGACGAGUGGGCCAUGGCCGACGAGCUGGAGGACGACGAUUUCGACAGUAACGCCGUGGCGGGGGAGAGCGCUCUGGACAGAAUCGCCUGCGGCCUGGGAGGAAAGAUCAUCCUGCCCAUGAUCAAACAGCACAUCAUGCAGAUGCUGCAGAACCCUGACUGGAAGUACCGCCACGCUGGGCUGAUGGCGCUGUCUGCCAUCGGCGAGGGCUGCCACCAGCAGAUGGAGGCCAUCCUGCAGGAGAUCGUCAGCUUCGUCCUCCUGUUCUGCUCCGACCCUCAUCCCAGAGUGCGCUACGCCGCCUGCAACGCGAUCGGACAGAUGGCCACAGACUUCGCUCCAACCUUUCAGAAGAAGUUCCACGAUAAGGUGAUCUCAGCCCUGCUUCAGACCAUGGAGGACCAGACCAACCCCCGGGUGCAGGCUCACGCCGCCGCCGCCCUCAUCAACUUCACAGAGGACUGUCCCAAAUCGCUGCUCAUCCCUUAUCUGGACAGCCUGGUGCAGCACCUCCACGUCAUCAUGGUCGCCAAGCUGCAGGAGCUCAUCCAGAAGGGAACCAAGCUGGUCCUGGAGCAGGUGGUGACGUCCAUCGCCUCGGUCGCCGACACGGCCGAGGAGAAGUUCGUGCCGUAUUACGACCUGUUCAUGCCGUCGCUCAAACACAUCGUGGAGAACGCCGUGCAGAAGGAGCUCCGGCUGCUGCGCGGAAAGACCAUCGAGUGCAUCAGUCUCAUCGGCCUGGCCGUCGGCAAGGAGAAGUUCAUGCCAGACGCCUCGGACGUCAUGCAGCUGCUCCUCAAGACCCAGACGGACUUCAACGACUUGGAGGACGACGAUCCUCAGAUCUCGUACAUGAUCUCAGCCUGGGCCAGGAUGUGCAAGAUCCUGGGGAAGGAGUUCCAACAGUACCUGCCCGUGGUGAUGGGCCCCCUGAUGAAGACCGCCUCCAUCAAGCCCGAGGUGGCCCUGCUGGACACCCAGGACAUGGAGAACAUAUCGGAGGACGACGGCUGGGAGUUCGUGAACCUGGGGGACCAGCAGAGCUUCGGCAUCAAGACGGCCGGCCUGGAGGAGAAGGCCACGGCCUGCCAGAUGCUGGUGUGUUACGCCAAAGAGCUGAAGGAAGGCUUUGUGGAAUACACAGAGCAGGUGGUGAAGCUGAUGGUUCCUCUACUCAAGUUCUACUUCCAUGAUGGUGUGCGGGUGGCGGCGGCCGAGUCGAUGCCCCUGCUGCUGGAGUGCGCUCGGGUCCGAGGGCCGGAGUACCUCACCCAGAUGUGGCACUUCAUGUGCGACGCCCUCAUCAAGGCCAUCGGCACCGAGCCCGACUCGGACGUCCUCUCGGAAAUCAUGCACUCUUUCGCCAAGUGCAUCGAGUUGAUGGGAGACGGCUGUCUGAACAACGAGCAUUUUGAAGAGCUGGGAGGAAUCCUAAAAGGGAAGCUGGAGGAGCAUUUUAAGAACCAGACGCUCAGACAGGCCAAGAGAGAGGACGAAGACUAUGACGAGCAGGUGGAGGAAACACUACAAGACGAGGAUGAGAAUGACGUGUACAUCCUCACCAAAGUCUCGGACAUCCUGCACUCGGUGUUCAGCAGCUACAAAGAGAAGGUGCUGCCGUGGUUCGAGCAGCUGCUGCAGCUCAUCGUCCAGCUAAUCUGUCCCAACAGGCCGUGGGCCGACAGGCAGUGGGGCCUGUGCAUCUUCGACGACGUGGUGGAGCACUGCAGCCCGUCUUCCUUCAAGUACGCCGAGUACUUCCUGCAGCCCAUGCUGCAGUCGCUGUGCGACACGAGCCCCGAGGUCCGACAGGCCGCCGCCUACGGAGUAGGAGUCAUGGCUCAGUACGGAGGAGAGAACUACCGCCAGUUCUGUACAGAGGCCAUCCCCCUGCUGGUCAGAGUCAUCCAAGCACCGGACUCCCGCUCGAAGGAAAACGUCAACGCCACGGAAAACUGCAUCUCGGCCGUGGGGAAGGUCACGAGGUUCCGGCCGGAGUGCGUCAACGUCAACGAGAUCCUUCCUCACUGGCUCAGCUGGCUACCGCUCAACGAGGACAAAGAGGAGGCCGUCCACACGUUCGACUUCCUGUGCGACCUCAUCGAGAGCAACAACCCCAUCGUCCUCGGGCCGGACAACUCCAACCUCCCUAAAAUCUUCCUCAUCAUAGCCGACGGCGUCGCGAACGAAUCGGUCAAAAGCGAAGACGCGUGCAGCAAGAGGCUCGCCAACGUCAUCCGUCAAGUACAGAUGUCUGCUGGAUUAUGGACACAGUGCGUUUCAACGCUGAACGAGACGCAGCAGAAAGCCAUACAGGACCUACUGAACACCGCCUGAGCCCCCCGUCACCUCCCUGCUCUUUCAAAAGAAAAAAAAAAAGAUAAAAGCCCACGAAGAAACGCUGAGCUCCUGGAUCUCCUCCAUACACUCCCUCUUCUUCCUCCUGCUCUGAUCUGUAGUGUGUACGGACGCCCGGCUUCUACCCCGACCACCGCCAAACCCCCCCCCCCGCCCUAUUAACAGAACUCCACUUACAAUUCAGCCGACCAGGGGAGCAGGUUGGACAUCGACGAAUACGGAGGAUAUCGGCCAUCCACCUUUAAAGACUUUCACCCUUUAUCCGAGGAAGCGGGAUUAAGAGUAAAGCAGUCAUCCAUGUCUUAUCACGUGUCUUCUAUCUGGACGUUUUGUUUCCAACCUUUCCCCCGACGUGACUUGUCUCGCUGUGCCCCGGAGGGACUCAUUCACCAAGUCGCCCAAUAUGAACUCAUCGGACAGCCAGGCUCAGAGGGGCCAUAGUGGGGGAAGCGGGGACGGGACAUUCUAAUGGACUGAGCUGUGGGACGAGUCGGAAAUGCACACUGGGCGAUCACUGCCUGUCUCCUGUGAAUUUAUUAUUUUUUUUUCUUUUUUGUAUUUCUAUUUUAUUCUCGUUCCGUGUUCCCAGUGUUACCUGGGUGAGGGGAGGGGGGAGGGGGUGGGGAUUAGUCUCUGUCCGCCUCGGCUCAGAGCCCACGUUUCAAAAAGUACCGGCAUGUUUGUUCAGUGGCUAACUUUAGAAAAUAUACAUAGUUAGGAAAUUUACUUCAUUGUUCUCUGGGAGAGUUGAGACGGAUUUUUAAAGCGGCUCUCCCUCCAUAGCCUUCCAGGGGGAGCCGCUGGGCAGGAGGUGCGUUCGCUGAACGGUUUCGCAGCCCCUUUAGGUAGCAAGCCCGAGAAAGAAGACUCUGAGAAAGAAGCGCAAUAAUCGGUAGUUUGGUCGCGAGGCGUUUCGGGCGAGUCGGAAGGAACGUGAAUUGUAGAGUAUUUGUAAAUGCUACCUUACACUCAGCGUUAUGGUUUUGACCCUUUGCAAGUCCUGCAGGAAUGUGGUGGAAUUCCAAAAACUACCAACAAUAAAAUACAUUUGAGAAUUCUG